UCCCCUGUCUUCCCCUUGGGGAAGGAGAGGAAGGUCUGGAGAAAGACCCUCUGGAUGGACAAGAGGACAAUGGCUUUGGAGAAGAGAGGCCAGGGGAUGCCCCCCAACCAGAUUGCCCAACUUCCCACCCAGAGCCUCAAAGAGAAGAGUCAGCCAGCUCCCUGGGAACCAGAUUAUAAGAAAGAAACAGUAUUUGAAAGGGCAGGAAAUUGUGGGCCUGGUACCUCAGUCUCAUACAGGACCAUCUGGCAUCCAUCUUUCUAUGCCCUGUAUGAUGCCCAGUGUCGUGACCCCCAAACACUAGUUCCACCUGAAAUAGAGGGGAAUCAAGACAGCUCCCAAUGGGAUGAAGGUUUUCCUGCCCUCCGCUCUGAAGAUUUCUUUUUCUUGGACCCUCUCUUGCCUUCCAGUGCUCGGAUUCCCCUUAGUCUGUCCCAGCCUCCCCAACAGGUACUGAGGAGAUCUGGGCGGCUUCUUACCCCACCUCCUAUAAUGUCAGUCUAGCCACAGCCUAUCUUGACCUGGCAGAGCGGUCCAGAG